AUGCGUUCCAUUGCGGGCGUACUAUUCCUCCUGGGUUGUUUGCUCCUCUUUGGAAGAGCUGUCAGGGCAUAUCUUCGUCUUCCUUCGAUUCCUGGUCCAUUCCUAGCUCGGUUCACCGACAUCUGGCGAUGGCGAGCGCAGAAUUCAAGAGGUUACUCGGCGAAGCUUGUCGAACUUCACAAGAAAUACGGAAAGCUGGUCCGGAUUGGCCCCAACCACAUCAGCAUCAGCGACCCAAAUGCUGUACCUAUUGUUUAUACAACAAGUCCCGUUUGGCCAAAGGCUCCUUCAUAUUAUGCAGCUGCCCCAGUUAGCGGUGGUCGGGCGGUUCCCAGCAUUAUCGCCAUGAACGAAGCUCAGCAUACUGCUGUCCGUCGAUCGGUCGGUAGCGCGUUUACUACAAAUUCUCUGCUUGACUAUGAAUCCUCGAUCGAGGUAUCAGGGCAUGACUUGCUGGAAGCUCUGGAGAAGGAGACAGUUGUCGACAUUACUCAUCAAUUGCAACUUUGGGCCGUCGAUGUUAUUAUGCGCAUCGCGUUCAGCGAGUCUCUGGGUUUCAUCCAAAAGAGCAGCGACGUGGACGGUAUCCUUGCUGCCAUUAUUGGACGUUUUGAUCACUGGGGACAUUGGGCUGCCGUGCCAUUGCUCGACUAUCUUCUAUUCAAGAGUCCUUUUGCUUCAUUUGUCAGGAAGAAGACCAACAGUGCUUUGGCUAGGGUUGGACUAGAGAAGAUGCAAACACGACCAAUUUUGCCGAGUCAAUCGGAGCAAAAGGACUUGAUGCAGAAAUUCCUGGAAGGUCAAGCAAAACACCCAGAUCUCGUGUCGAACGACGAAAUCCUUGGAAUCAUCAUGUCUACCAUCGGUGCCGGAGCAGAUACCACAGCUGGUACCUUGACCUACACUAUCUACUUACUGUGCCAGAAUCCAGAGGCUAUGAAGAAGUUGCAGGAGGAACUCCAUCAGGCACUCGAAACCGGCACGAUGUCGUAUCCCCCAAAAUGGAUGGAAGUAAACAGACUGCCAUAUCUCGAAGCCGUACUCAAGGAGUCAAUGCGCAUCAUGCCCAUUGCCGCUUGGGGCUUGGACCGAGUCGUCCCCAAAGGAGGCACCACGAUUUGCGGCCAAUACAUUCCAGGCGGAGCUGUGGUUGGCUGCCAGAUUGACGCAACCAUGAGAGAUAAAGGGGUCUAUGGUGAUGACUCUGACACUUUCCGACCUGAGAGAUGGCUAGAUGCAACCGAGACCCAGAAACGCCGAAUGGACCGAGCCUUCAUCGCUUUUAGUGCGGGAAAACGUAUUUGUAUGGGUAUCCAUAUUGCCUGGUUGGAGCUCAAAAAGGCUUUGCCAUUAUUGGUCAUGAACUUUGAUAUGUCUCUUGUUAACCCGAGCCAAAAGCCGGAAGAGGAAGCCAGGAUCAGUGCAGUCAAAUACGCUCCUCCCAUCUGGCUACGUCUCUCCAAGAAAUAUCCCAAGGUACAAUGA